AUGGCGGCGCCCAGCGAGGAAUCCGACCGUGUAGGACCUAGUUCGGGGCCGGUGGAGACGGCGCUGGUGGCGCUAGAAGCCGACAGUGACCCGGGCAAGCAGCUGGAGCGAUUGCAGGAGCUUAUGGGGCUGCUUCGUGAGCAGCGGCACCGAGAAACAGCGUCCAAGCAGGUCUUUCAGGACAUCCAACAAAUCCUGACAAAAUCCUCCCAUGAGGUAGAGUUGGCAUGCCAGGAGGCCGGCCGCCUGGUGUGCCUGGACCGCCACCUGCAGCUCAUUGCAGAGUGUUUCCGCUGCCUGAGGAAUGCUUGUGUGCAGUGCCCUGGGAACCAGGGCACGAUCAGGGACUUGGAUUUGAUUGGCACCUCAGUGAAGCUGGUGGACUUAUUUCGGAAACGGAAUGUCAUUAAGCAGGAAUCCCAGUUGACAGCCUUUCGAUGUGGCCUGCAGUUCUUGGGUAAUGCCGUGGCAGGAAAUGAGGCUUCUCAGAGGAUUCUGUGGAAAGACGCCUUCCCAGAUCUCUUCUUGGCCUGCCUCAGUUAUCCAGAUGAGAAGAUUGUCACCUACUCUUGCAUGAUCCUGUUCACUUGUCUGAACUCAGAGAGGCUGAAGGACCUUCAGAGCAGAAAUAUGACCAUAGCUUUGAGAGUUGUCCAGGCCUAUGAGAAGCAGGCAGAUGCUGAAUGGGCGUUCUUGAUCAUUUCAGACUACUUGCUGAAAAUCCCAGAACUGGUGAACUCCCUGUAUGCCAAGCUGAGCCAUCAGGAAAGGGUGACCUUGCUUGAGCUCAUGAUAGCCAAACUCUUAGGGGAUGAACCGCUGACCAGUGAGGACACAGCUGCGUUUCUAAGUCACGCUGGAUUUGUGGCAAGCAAAUUCAAGGAGAACUACAAGUCUGUGCUGAAGCUCGCCUCCGUGAGGCACCGUGAGGAUGAGGAAGCCCUGACCGCCAUUAGGCUUCUCCAUGCCCUUUGUGAAAUGAGUGCCAACUGUGACCUGCUGCCCUCCUUACAGGCUUUCCCGGGGCUCCUCGAGACAGCACUGGAGACCUUGCAGAUGACUCACUUGGCAGGGAGGCAGACCCUAAAUGUCUUCACCACUUCUCCCUGCGUGCGUGGGCACUGGGACAUCUCCAACCCUGUGGCAGGAUUCAAGUCCCACCUCAUUCGUCUGAUUGGCAACUUGUGCUAUAAAGACAGGAAUAACCAAGACAAGGUGUACCAGUUAGAUGGUAUUCCCCUGAUUCUGGACAGCUGCAGCAUCGAUGACAACAAUCCCUUUCUGAAUCAGUGGGCAGUGUAUGCCAUUCGAAAUCUGACCGAGCAGAAUAAGAGAAACCAAGAACUAAUUGCAAAGAUGGAAAACCGCGGCCUGGCAGAUACAGCCUUGUUGAAGAAAAUGGGUCUAGAAGUUAAACAACAAGAUAGGAAGCUUACUCUGAGAUCCACAAGAAAAGCUUCUGGUGGGUAA